CUUCACUUCUUACUCUGCGACACACUUCUUCGAGCGACUACUGCGACACCUCUACCAAAGGCAACUUGAUCAAUACCGUCAAUUCGAACAUGUUGAGUGCCCGACCGCUAGCUCUGAAUAGCGAGCCGUACCACGCGAAGACACCUGCGAGAGCGGUCCGCGAUAGGACCCUACUUCAAGAGAACCUGCAUCGUCCUCCUCUUACCGUCAACGCUAAGGGCAAGACACUGCAGCAGACACCGCGACGCCCUCUCACCGUCCAGUCGCACAAGGCCUUGUCCCAUAGUGUCAAACCUACCGUUCGUGUGCAGAAGCCUCUCGGCGACAAGACGCCAUUCCCGAACCGCGUCGCCAAUGCGGUUCCCUUCGACACUCCCGCCCCGCAAACCGCGAAGUUGGCGAAGCUUGCGCUGCUUGAGGCACCCCAGCAAGCACUUCCUGACACUCUGCUUCGACCAUCGUCAGCGAGGAAGAGCUUGAGGGCACCGAGGACCAGCGGCGGGGCCCCGCAGCUCGACUUCAAGACGCCGGUGACGCAGGGGAACCACUGGGACGUCAGCGAUGGCGAGAUCGUUGUGGAGGCCGAGGAGGAUGUCCAGGAGGCAGUCGACGUACGAGGGGAGGAUGACGAUGAGAUUGAGUACAUGCCUCCGACGGCGAUAGUUCCUGCAUACGAGCCUCCCUUCGAGAUGCCCGACUACACACAGCUUGGCGCUACUAUACGCGAGCUAGCCCAUUCAUACAAGUAUGACGACACCGACGAUCUGUACCACGCGCUAGAAAGUGAUGUCGAUACCGGCUCGCACGACCUCUGGCGAGCGAGCGGCUUCGUCUCUGCAGACAGCUCCUCACAAUGGGAGACACCGCACCUCCCGGUGCUAGGUAAUGUGUUCCACAAACAACGUAUCUUCUAAGCUCAUCAAGUCGACAUUCAGAGAAUGAGCUACUUAUGCAAGACAAACGGAUAGCGCCAGAACCCGGUCGUCUUCAGGGUCGAGCCCCUGCGACUGCCCAACACAAGCACACAUCUAGCCUUCCGACCAUUCGGUCUACAUCUAGCACACGCUCUAUCCCACCAACCAGCACCAAGGCACCCGUCCGUUCAUCGCAGCCUGCGAGUCGCGUCCCUUCCAGGACACCAUCCGUGACCACAACCGCUGCAUCUACCUCCUCUCGAUCCGCAGCCGGUGCCAGCGGUGCUGCGCCGAACAAGCCCUCUACGAGCGCUCAGCCAUCGACGGUCCGUCCCCGUAGCCAGACAGCAUCCCAGAUCGCGCGACCUGUCAGCGCGGCUACCACCAGGCAGGAAGCGGCUGCCCGCGUGCGCACCACCGCUGCGCCCAAGGAAGCGACUGCGGGUGUAACACGGCCG